AUGGCUUCAAAGCUGGUCCCCGAGAUAAUAAUCCAAAUCCUGAAGAACUUCGAGACCGUGGAAGAAGUUGUGGUCUGCGCUUCAGCAUGCAGGAGGUUCCAUGAUGUUUGGUUGUGCCAUGCUCCUCAGAUAAUAUGGAGUAUUGCACAGAAGCAAAUUCUGGCGUUGGAUGAUGCCUUGAUGGCAGUUCGAGCGACAGAAAUCGUGCUUGAAAGCUUCCAGAAAGAAGAGUUACCCCCAGACCCGUUUCCCCUUUCCACGUUGAGUGGUGCCGUUCGCAGACCGUCGCUCAGAGAAUUCCGGCAGGUGCGCGACUUUGAGCAUCUGGCCAAGUGUGCUGAACAGAUCUAUGUGGGAGACGAGGAGGACUUGAAGAAUGAAAUACAACGUGACCAGUCGGACGGCGCUGCACUGUGGGUUCUAUGGAGAGAGCGAUUCCACAGUUCUAUCUACCGAGUCCUCCUGGCAGGCGCCGUUCUCUAUCGUGCAUACCAGGAACCGAUGUACUUUGCGGCAAAUUGGGGACUACCGAAUUUUCUGGAGAAGUAUGUCGAGGCAUUGGCAUCUGAUGACAUGUCGAGCGAGCCAGUGGGUGGAGACGAGCUCGAUUAUCUCAUGACCUUUGCCCCCUACAAGCUUGGAGAGGGUGGAGGCAUUCAUGGUAGCUUCAAGGCUCUUGGAGAGUUUCUUGUUCAGCAAGGCAAGAAGCGCGCGCACCAGUUUAACCUUCACGAGCAAACCACAGAGAUCCUUCCCCCUUUCGCAGCGCCUCAAGGCCUUAGUUCCUCAGAGGCGGCUGUUGUGUUCGUCGAACUGGGCCAGCUGCUUUUUGCCUUGGAGGUUUUGACUGGCAUUCAGGAUAGGCAACCGAUCAUCGUGAAUGGGAACGGCUCCGAAGAACAUGGGAGAACCAGAGUUGCCCCGGAUCUUCUCUACAAGCCUGCCAGAACGACUCCUGUUGUGCUAUUUGGAACCUUCUUUCCUGAGUAUAUCUCAACUCCAGCAAAGGCCGCUGAUGCAGUCGACUCUCAUCUUGUCGCUACUCCUGUUUCGCGUACGUCACAGACAAGAUCAGGGGUAGGGUUUCAGCAUAUCUACCAGUUCCUGUAUGAUCUGCACCGAAUGGCGGGCCGUGACAAUGAAUUCUCUUCCCAAAACCCUGCGCGGUAUCCUCACCAUCAAUUCUUCGAGUACAUGUUGAGAGAGUACCUGGAGCUCCGGUUCGUUGACAGUGAGUUUGACUGUCAUUACGACGAGUUCAGGGAGGACGGUUUCAUCUUCGCGGAACGAGAUGAUCUUCUGACUGCCUCUGAAUUUACUGAAACAAGUGAUAUGACAGCCCUAGCUGCAUUAUUUGAGCCGGUAGCUUCAACUACUGGAAAAACUUGA